AUGGCUUUUCCAUCAGAAAUCGUCGAUCUGAUCCUCUGUGCGUAUAUCGUAGACCGACAUUUUGGGAGGAUGCAAUAUGAUGGUUCUCCAAACUCGUGGCAAGACGGUUCUCUAGACUCGUGGGAAGACUUCACGGCAACUUCGGGUCGUCAUACUGUCGGGGUCUGGGACGGGAGACACUACUACGAAACUAAAUUCUACCGGAAGGACGUGUGCGACGCCGAGUCCUUCAUAAGCCUAUUGAGUUGUCGUCUUGUCUCGCGCCAGUGGGACUUUUCCGUCUGCAGACUGCUCCAGAAGCACCAGUGGUGGAAUCUCCAUCUCGACAAGAACAGUACCUUCCAACGCGCGGCAAGCUGCAUCGAAGGGGAAGACAGCGGUUCAUUGAAGUUGAUCAGAAAUUUAUGUCUCGACGAGAUGGCGGACUUGAGGACCUUUUCACGCAUCUAUUCUUAUGACAACGAAGAUGUUUCCAGGUUCGAGGGCCAGGACAUGGACGAUGAUGACAUACUUUUAAACUCUUACGUCGACCAAAUCACGGCUGUUGAUAGGCGCUCAACGCGGACUGACUUCGAGCUACACUACGACAAGGGUGAAGAGCUUGGCCUCCUCCGCCGUCUUUUCGACAAGCUCACAAACGUCGAGCGCCUUCGCGUUGAAUUCCCUGGCGCCGAAAGCGAAAACGAACUGCAGGCUCAGUGCUACGAUAUGCAAGGCGUCGAAGAGGUCGUCGCCACGAUCCAGUACGGCCUCAGGAGCCCGGCCUUGCAUCACCUGGUGGAUCUCAGUCUCUCGCUUCCUAGCACGUGGCAUGUCGGUCAGCUGGGUAGCGCGCUGUCCCAGGACGCCAGAGAUCGUCUGUGUCAUCUGCAGCUGGUCAUCGUAGACGAAACGGGGCCCAGCGGGAGCUUGUCGUAUACUUUGGGCGAGGAUGGGAAUGACAACGGCGAUAUGACAAGCGUCUUGGAAUCUAGCUACGCGCCCAGCAACGUACAGGUGGCCUAUCCUAACAGGGAACACCAGGCAGAAUUAUGGCGUUUUGUCGCGUCGUGCCGCAACCUUGAAUCGCUCGCCAUCGAAGCAACGCAUUAUCUUCAACUAGAACAACUCGACUGGAGCCCGCCAUUAGGGUCCAGAGGCUUAAAGAACAUCUUAAUGAGAAGGAUGUGGGCAAGUGCAUCGUCCAUCCGCAGGCUUCUGUCGACCUCUUCAGGAUCAAAGACGAGACCUGCCGUUCGGCGUGUGGUAUUGGACGAUGUCAAGAUCUACGCGGACGGCGGGAACUGGGAAGUGGUGUUCAACCACCUACGGACCAACUGCCCCGAUCUCGAGCUGGUCCGCGCCGAGCAGCUUAGCUACUUCUCUGAGCACCCGCGUUAUGCGCACAACAACAGGCCAUGGGAAAAUUUCGCCAACGUUUGGACAGCGGACAAUGCAGAGGACAACAACGACACAAGCUAUCUGCACAUGAUAAACAAGAUGAUGAUCCAGCGAUCCGGAUCGAGCGGCCGAGGCUAUCCCGUGUUCUUAGAUGACUGGGAGUCGGAGGAUGAAGAAUGGUAG